CCCGCCGCUCCAUGGCACAGGCGCGGUCGCGCUGUCUCUGCGGCCGCGGGAGGAGGAGGGGAGGGGAGGAAGAAGAUGCCGGGGAAGCUGAAGGUCAAGAUCGUGGCGGGGCGCCAUUUGCCGGUGAUGGACCGCGCCAGCGACCUGACUGACGCCUUCGUGGAGGUGAAAUUUGGAAAUACAACAUUUAAGACGGAUGUGUAUCCCAAAUCACUUAAUCCUCAAUGGAAUUCUGAGUGGUUCAAAUUUGAAGUAGAUGAUGAAGAGCUCCAGGAUGAGCCUCUCCAGAUCACAGUUCUUGAUCAUGAUACAUACAGUGCCAAUGAUGCCAUUGGCAAAGUGUACAUAGAUAUUGAUCCUCUGCUCUAUAGUGAAGCAGCCACAGUUAUUUCAGGAUGGUUUCCAAUUUAUGAUACCAUUCAUGGUAUACGUGGGGAGAUUAAUGUGGUGGUGAAAGUAGAUCUCUUCAAUGAUUUAAACAGAUUUAGGCAGUCAUCCUGUGGAGUCAAAUUUUUUUGCACUACAUCUAUUCCUAAGUGUUACAGAGCAGUAAUUAUUCACGGGUUUGUGGAAGAACUUGUAGUUAAUGAGGACCCAGAGUACCAGUGGAUAGACAGAAUCCGUACUCCCAGGGCAUCGAAUGAAGCUCGGCAAAGACUCAUUUCACUCAUGUCAGGUGAAUUGCAAAGGAAGAUUGGCUUGAAGGUGCUUGAAAUGAGAGGAAAUGCUGUUGUUGGUUAUUUGCAGUGUUUUGAUUUGGAGGGCGAGUCUGGACUUGUAGUGAGAGCCAUAGGAACAGCCUGCACAUUGGAUAAAUUAAGUAACACAUCAGCAUUUUUACCUGCAUGUAACUCCCCAUCCAAAGAAAUGAAAGAGAUUCCUUUCAAUGAAGAUCCCAAUCCCAAUACAUAUUCAUCAGGACCCUCCACCCCUCUGAAAAACCAAACCUAUUCCUUUUCACCUUCCAAGUCCUACAGUCGACAGUCCUCUUCUUCUGACACAGAUUUGAGUUUGACACCCAAAACUGCACCUUCCCCACAGAGACCUAGGAUUUUCCUGUUUCCCAGCUCCCCUACACUCUCUUGUGAUUCCCCACAUCUUAAAAAGUCCUGUCUCCUCCUCUUGGGGUCUAGCAUUAAACCUCUACACUCUAGCCAUGUCAGCCCAGUUGUUCUGAGGAAAAGUGUUUCUUUCACUGAAGAGCUGCUUCUGGCUGCUUCUGGAAUGGGCAGUGGGAGUGCUGGAAAAGAAGGGGGGCCAUUUAAAACUCUUUUAAGACAACAGACUCAGUCAGCUCUGGAACAAAGGGGAGGAUCGCCUCAUAGGUUCUGUAGAAGGCGGGAAUUCCCGUUUUUUACGUUGACGACCUUCCCACCAGGCUUUCUUGUCCACGUUGGGGGAGUGGUCAGUGCUCGCUCAGUGAAGCUCCUGGAUCGCAUCCACAAUCCUGCCUUUGUCGGAAUUAUGGGUAACACAAGAUCAUACAAACUGCUAGACUGGAAUAGUUUCAAUUCAGAUGAACCAGAGACACGAGAUGCCUGGUGGGCAGAAAUCAGACAAGAAAUAAAAUCCCAUGCCAAAGCAUUGGGUUGUCAUGCUGUAGUGGGCUACAGUGAAUCAACCAGCAUUUGUGAAGAGGUCUGUAUUUUGUCCGCAUCUGGCACAGCAGCUGUACUGAACCCUAGGUUCCUUCAGGAUGGCACCAUGGAAGGCUGUUUGGAACAAAGGUUGUCAUGGCAGCCUGGCUUCUUUUCCAUAGGGUCAGAGAAGGGAGAGGUUGAUUUUUUUCCUCAGAGCCAAGAUAGUUCUUCUCUAUUAGGGAUUGAAGAAGCUUCACCACCAGGUUGUGGAUUUUGCCAUAUUCCAUAUGAUGAAUUGAACAUGCCAUUUCCUGCUCACCUUACUUACUGUUACAACUGCAGGAAGCAAAAAGUUCCUGAUGUCCUUUUCACCACAAUUGACCUUCCUGUGGAGGCAAUAGUUGUUGGGAAGGGAUGUCUUAUUCAAGCCAGGUUGUGCCGUCUGAAGAAGAAAGCUCAGGCUGAAGCAAAUGCAACCUCUAUCAGUAAUCUCUUGCCAUUCAUGGAGUAUGAAGUGCACACACAACUGAUGAACAAACUCAAGCUGAGAGGAAUGAAUGCCCUCUUUGGGCUGAGAAUUCAGAUCACUGUGGGGGAAAAUAUGCUGAUGGGCUUGGCAUCUGCAACAGGUGUGUAUUUAGCAGCUUUGCCAACACCUGGAGGUAUUCAGAUUGCUGGGAAGACUCCAAAUGAUGCCACCUAUGAUCAGCAUAUAUCCCAUAUGCAAAAGAAAAUAAAUGAUACAAUAGCAAAAAACAAGGAACUUUAUGAGAUUAAUCCUCCAGAGUUACCAGAAGAAAUUAUUGGGUCUCCCAUUCCAGAGCCAAGACAACGUUCCAGGCUAUUGAGAUCUCAGUCAGAAAGCUCUGAUGAAGUUACAGAGCUUGACCUUUCACAUGGGAAGAAGGAUGCUUUUGUCUUGGAGAUUGAUGACACAGAUGCAAUGGAAGAUGUACAUUCUUUACUGACAGAUGUUCCACCACCUUCUGGUUUUUACAGUUGCAACACAGAAAUUAUGCCUGGUAUAAAUAACUGGACACCAGAAAUUCAAAUGUUCACAGCAGUUAGAGUGUCCAGAUUAAGCACCAUUAACCCGACAAAUCAAACACUCAAUAAGAACUUUAAUGAUCUCUGUGAGAAUCUGUUGAAGAGUUUGUAUUUUAAGCUCCGGUCUAUGGUUCCCUGCUGCCUUUGCCAUGUAAACUUUACAGUUGCUCUGCCAGAGGAUGAGUUAGUUCAGAUUGCAGUCACAGCUGUUGCUAUUACAUAUGACAAAAACCAAGCACUACAAGCCAACAAAGCACCUACUGAAAAAUCACAGCAAAGAGCAUCUACAGACAAUGAAGAACAGCUACAAUUUCCCUUGGAACUUUGCUCUGAUCCCCUUUCUUCUCAACCAUUCUCUCCAGCUAAAGAAGUCCUGGAGGGUGCAAGUUCCCACACAGGUAUUCCUGCUGCUCAGAGAGUGCUGAAGUCCCACUCAGGCAGUUGGUUCAGAGCUGGGACAUCACCAGAAAUCGACAGAUGCAACAGCUGGAUAGAGCUCAUUAAACUGAAAGCUCAGACCAUAAGGCGCGGAUCAAUUAAGACAACUACUUCCCUUGAAAAAGCAAGUCCAUUGGCUGAGGGAUACUUACGGCACCGCUCUGUCCCGUCAUGCACCAAUUCCACUGUCUCAGUUGUUAAGAUGACACCUCUUUCCUUUCUCCCUGGGGCGAAAAUAACCAAAUAUCUUGGGAUAAUCAACAUGUUUUUUAUACGAGAAACCACUUCUUUGCGUGAGGAGGGUGGUGUCAGUGGCUUCCUCCAUGCUUUUAUUGCUGAAGUGUUUGCCAUGGUUAGAGCUCAUGUUGCAGCUCUGGGAGGGAAUGCAGUUGUGUCAUAUAUAAUGAAGCAGUGUGUCUUCAUGGAGAAUCCAAACAAAAAUCAGGCUCAGUGUUUGAUAAAUGUCAGUGGUGAUGCCGUCAUCUUUGUCCGUGAAUCUGAGCUGGAAAUGCUGCCAGUGCAGCCUUCGACAGCUGCUCCUCAGCCCACAAGUUCUGCAGGAGAUGUCACAACAUGAAGGCAGAAAAAGUGGAGUAGUCUCUGCUA